CUGAAGGAUGCAAUUUGUCUAAUUGAGGAUCGUUUAUAUUGGGUUUCUCUGAGGAGGACUCCAUCGGCCUAUGACAAUCCUCAAUCAACUUUUGUCAUGCUUGACGAGAGAUAUGUUUAUGAACCAUUCUGUCAUGAUUUUGGUCCUGUAAAUUUAGGAUAUACUGUAGAAAUAUGUAGACAUAUUGAUAACUUGUUAAGGACAACAAAUAAGAGAAUAGUAUUAGUGACAAGUUUUGAUGGUCAAAAGAGAGCAAAUGCUGCAUUCUUGGCAGCUGCCUACAUGGUCAUUUCUCAGGAUAAGACAGCAGAAGAUGCAUGUAAACCUUUCAAUUUUGUUUAUCCUCCUCUCAUUCCUUUCAGGGAUGCCUCUCAAAAUUUAUCAACAUUCAGCUUGUCAAUUUUGGAUUGUUGUAAAGGUCUUGUUAAAGGAAUAUCCCUUGGAUUUUUCAAAUACAAUUCAUUUGACGCUGAGGAAUACCUUAGACUUGAAAAGGUCGAAAAUGGAGACAUUAACUGGGUAGUGCCCGGUAAAUUUUUGGCCUUUUCAUCACCAUCUAGUAGAAGAAUUUCAAGUGAUGGAUAUGUACAUUUAACUCCAGAGGAUUAUAUUUCUCCUUUCAAACAGUGGAGAGUGUCAGCAAUUGUUAGAUUGAACAGAGCUCUCUAUGAUCGAAAGAAAUUCAUCAGUAAUGGAAUUAAUCAUUUCGAUUUAUACUUCCCAGAUGGAAGUACACCAAGUGAGGAUCAUAUCAGGAAAUUCCUUCAAAUAGCUGAAGAGGAGUCUAUCAUUGCAGUCCAUUGUAAGGCAGGUCUUGGAAGAACUGGAACAAUGAUUGCCCUCUACAUGAUGAAACAUUACCAAUUCACAGCAACUGAAGUCAUUGGAUGGCUCAGAGUAUGUAGACCUGGUAUGGUUAUUGGAAUUCAACAGCAAUUUUUAAAGGAAAAACAAGCCAAAAUG